CAUCGAGAUCACGUGAGAUUGCAAAGCUAUUCCCAGAAUUCAAUGCGAAGUUUGACCCAGAUUUGAUCAGUCGUGGAAUUUUAUGCUCUGUAAUUUAAAUUUGUUUUGUGACCGUUUUUUAGUACAUUUAGCGUUUCUCGUUGGAUAGUGAAUUGGUGCAGAACAUUUGCGGUAAAUUUGAAAGGAGUUUUUAGAUGUAAACUGUUUUAUCGUGCGUUUUUACGAUAUGGAUAUGGACAUGAUGGACGAGGAGCGUCCCUCAGGCUCCGACGCCAUUUUGGGGGAUUUUCUAACCCAAGUCAUUGAACAGUCGGAAACGCAUCAUGAUCAAGAUGCGCAUACAAGUGCAAAGCAUUCUCGUAAGCGAGAUGCGCUUGAACAUAAUUCGUCACCAAAUGCCCAUAAGUGGGUGGACGAUGAUUCUUCGAGACCAAGAUCUAAAGAAGAAGAUUACGUAACUACACAAGAUAAAAUGUGCAGCGAACAAGAUACUGUGUAUAACACCGAAUUUGUUACCGAAUCGAUGUUCAAAAGAUUCAUGGUAGAUCAAAAUUCGGCUAUGAUGGCCAUGAAGAAAUCUUUGGAUGCAAUAAAUAAUUUGAUUUAUGUGCAAGCAGAAUCGGCUGAUGAUAGUGAUUCUGAAUCGGUUGGAAAACAUAGUACAACUAAAAGAAAGGCCGACAACGUUUCUAAUAACGCGGCAAAAAAGGCCAAGAUAAGCUGCGAGUCGACCGCGCAUGGAAAAUUACCCGCUGUCAGUCAAAAGGAGGCGGGGCCUUCAGACUUGGGCGGACAUGACGUAGAGGUAAACAAAAAUGGCGGCUCGGAUAAACAUGACGAAGAUUUCUUCGCUGUUUCCAACUACAUUGUUGAGGAAAAAACUUCCGAUGCCGUGACAACAAAAUUGGCAGACUUAGUAAAUAAGCUGUUAGUCAACAAAUUAGAAGAUUCGAAGAAAAAUGACUUGUUUGAUAAACAUUUACGGCCAGAAAACUGCAAGUUGGAAUUUCCUCGAGUGAAUGAUUUCGUUUGGAACUAUUGUAUGAACGAAACUACGAGGUCGACGGACGUAAAGGUUCAUAAGAUCCAGAAAACCCUAUUGAAAGGACUUGGUCCCGUAAUCAAGGUGGUGGAUAGUUUGCUGAAACCUAACAAUGAAUUUGACAAAAACAAAGCAGCCAAAGAUCUGCUCGAUGGUGUGGCCUUGUUGGCCUCUAGUAACACUGAACUUUCUUUGCACAGAAAAGCAUGUAUAAAAAAUAACAUGAAACCAGAAUACAAAAAACUGUGCACUAGUCAGACUGAUAUAACGGCAUACUUGUUUGGUGAUGACGUGGUGGAAAAAAUGAAAAACAUCACGGAAUACAACAAAAUGGCUAACAAGGUAGCUUAUGAUGACAAAACUUCCAAAACUAGAAUGAAGUUCAAUCCUCGUCUGAAGUUCAGAGAAAGAUCCAAACCUAAUUUUUUAGGGAGAGGACCCCAGCAUUACCAGCUGGGGCAUUACAACCGGAACUACCACCACAGCAAUCACGAAACAAAGAAGAACUACAACAAGAAACCCGUGUCCCACCAAAAGUAGAGAAGCAUUAUCGACCGAGUAUGUCAAAAAAUCCUGAUGGACAAAGCAGAAGGCCUCUUGGUUACACUUCUAUGGGACACACAGAACUGGUACCCAAUCAUCUUGAGAAUGUGUGUGAAACCUC